CUGGAGCUGCCUACUCGAUGCUGGCAGUCAGAACUGGCGGGUCCACCUCUUUGUAUGAACGACCCUCUGGAAUGCCCAGAUCAAGAGCCAGAGCAGGCUCUCCCUAGCCAUUUUGGCUCAAGCCCGCCCAGCUCGAGCACCCCCCGGGCCGCUCCUUCCGGCGCCUCCGCGGCCGGCCUCUGCGCGAGCGCGCCCGCUCCCGCCGGGGGGGGGAGGAGGGAAGCAUGUGGCGUGCGGACCCGGGCCCCUGCGUCGGGCAGGUUGCAGAGUGGGGCGAUCACCCCGACGAUGUGGAGUACAUGGAGAUGCUGAGUGCUAUACCGAAGCGAGUGCUCCUUCGCCGGGAGGUCACCAUCCAGGACGGCGACCUGGAGAGGGUCGCGGCGAAGCAGGGCAAGGUCCACUUCUCGGUGGCGCGCUGGAGGCUCACGGAGUUCUCCGCGAGCAGCGGACCCGACGCGGAGUCGGCGAGCAUCGUCCACGUGUUCUACGAGGGCAAGGACGAGAGGAAGGUCAUGAAUUGCUUCUCCGCGGCGGGCAUCGACCUGGGCGCCGUCGAGGCGGUGCCCGUGAACCCGAACUCUAGCCGGGCGCACGAGCAGCGCAUCAUGUACAUGAAGGAGUCCCUGUUCCUGGAAGACGAGUGCGCCUACGAGGAGGGCCCUCCUCGCGAGGUGGCGCAGCGCUAGCUCGGUACACAGCCUCAGUGCCGUCUCAGUGCCUGCCUGCUGACGGCCGUUGCAGGACCCCGAGCGCUGCUGCUUAGCAUAAGAGAUGGUCCUCGAACCUGGAGGGUGAAGAAAAAAAGAGCAGGAGCAGGUUGAACUUGAGGCGCGUUUUCUUUUCCGCAUGACAUCAACUGCUCCCACUAUUCGCCACGACAGGUCCAGAUUCUUCCUCCUCAGUCUCCCCCCCCCACGCUCGUGCCCUCUUGUCGUCCCACGGCGGACUCAUGGGGACAUCUUGAGUGAAUCGUUUUUUAAGUUGAUUCGGGAAUGCUGGCGUUCAGACCACUACGGUGC